GAUCAACUUCGACAGGAAGACCGGGGAAUACAUUUUGCGCUAAAUUCGCCACUCUUCCUUUAACGUCCAUGUUUCAAGUUUUGUUUUGGUUUUUGUUGCCAUGGUAAUUUUAACCACAAUAAAACAUUUACCUUCUUAAUCCUCAAUCAGUUUACUGCUAACGAGUAAUAUUUGGUUAAGUAAAUCAAAAUUUAACUAUAAUCAAACUAACGUUCAUUAUUAAGCAGACAUCAUUGAUACAUUUAUCUGAUUCAUGAUUGAUUAUCAGAUAGGGAAGAUAAGAGAACACAAUCAAAUUUUUUAAGUUACUAAUAACAAUAAAAUUCCGAGUCGUUGUGAAUUAUGUAUUCACAAGCAAAAACCCAUCUGGAGUCAGUGACUGAAAACGCAAAUAUUGUUGAAGAUAUCGAAAACUUCGUGCGAACGUGGAAUUUUGAAUCGGAAUACGAUUUGAGUUUAAUAAACGAGGACGUAACGAAUAUAAUUAAUCAAAUAUUCAUACAAUUUUUAUUGAACAAAAACGACGAUGAAAUACAGGAAUCGAUACAUUGCGUAAUUCAUAACUUCGUCUGGGAACCCCUAAGACCGAUUUUACGAGCGAAAUAUGGCAAAGAAGACGGGGAAAUAUUCGAAAAGAGUAAAAUAUUUUGGCGAAAUAAAAAAUUGCCGAAGGAAUUAGAUGGUAAAUCCUACUGUUGUGUACCUUACACAGCUGCUGUUGUAGAACUCUCCAUGUUGGAUACCUACAAUAGCCCGUUGGAGAAAUUAAACUGUCUUUGUGUAACUUAUGAUAUAAUUUUUGCAGAAUUAAAAACUGCUUUAAUAAACGUUAUAUCAAAAUAUUCAGAAAACGAACUGGAAAUACCGAUAAUUAAUAAUGAAGACGUAACUCCUAUUCUGACUUUAGUAGUGUUAAAAUCCAAGUUACAAUACCCUCUAAGCAGUUUAGAGUACAUAAAAAUAUUCGGAAAAUACUGGUUAAAAGACCAUAAACGCUAUAUCCUGCAAACAUUUGAAACAGUCAUAACAAAUCUUUUGAAGAAUGAUUAUGAUUUUCUUCAAGAUGAUAUCGAACUUACAGAUAUUGACUAUUGUGAAGCCAUUACUAAAAUUACUUUGCAAGAAAAUGCGAACCAUACGCAACAAUCUACUCGAAAACCAGAUCUUCGAGAAGAAGUUUUAAAUAGAGUAUUAAAGCUAAUUUUCACCUCUACAACGUCCAAUAUGGAUUGAAUUAUAAAAUGAAUCUUACUAUAUGGUAAUUAAAGUUCCAUGUACACUUUUUGAACUAUUCUGAAGGAAAUCGAAGAACUGCAAGAAAGUCAACAGAUGCUAUAUUCAUCGUUUUAUUGACUUGUUCCUUGUGAAGUUUAGUUUUUUAAUUUGAAUGCCGUUUUGUUAGAGUGGUGUUGCCGGUUUUUAUAAAAAUAUAUGACUAAUAAUUAAAACUAAAUGCAUUUAAAUUAAAAGAAUAUUUAGAACAUUGUAUUGCAAUAAAACGAGUACGAAUUUUUGUCCACAUAUCCACAAUAAACUUUUUAAAACUGUUUGUUCUUAAUUUAACGGCAUAAAUUAAUUAUUUUAUUAUAAACAAAUUUAAAAUUACAAUACCA